UCAUCAUCCCGAACGACAAAGAGUAAGUUUAAUUUUGAACAUCAAUUGGACAUAUGACAAGGGGGUUCGCCAGCCGUCGAGCAUGAUUGGAGCUCUUAUUAGGCAGUAUUGGCCGGGCUUUUACACUCCGGUCCCCGGCGGCGAGAAGAAGCUAGCCGAGACUUGGGCGGACUAUGAGGCAGCUCCUUGCCCGGGCUUUGGGAAAGCUUCUGACGCCGUGUACACGAAGUUUUGGACCCAUUAUAAGGUGCCUGAUGAUAUGGUUGAGCAAGGGAAGGCGGUACUGACUAGGGCUUGUCAGAGGUUGACAAGGCAACAGUGGUACAAUCAGAAGCAUACCUGCAUCGGGCACUUCAAGGCUGAGCAGGGCACGAGGGUCAAGAAAGCUGACAAUAUCAGGGACGAUACUCAGCUGACGAAGGAAGAUUACUUGAAGGUAAGUAAAUAUUCAAUGAGACUCUAUGUUGCUGCAUAGUUGGGAUUGCAUUAUGUGUUCUUCAAAUGAGUUUUGGUUUUUCAGGUUAUGCCCCUAUGGUGCGAGAAUAAGGAAGACGCAUUUGAGGCCUUGGUAGCGAGGUGGGUUGGCGAAGACGCCGACUUCAACGCCAAGAGCGCGCGCAACAAGGCAAACCGGGGCACCGGAG